AUAUAUAAUCUAAUAUUCCAACAUUCUCUCUUCAUUUUCUCCUAGUACAAACUACGAAAACACCGGCUUUCUCCAACAUUGACCAAAAUAUUCAUAAACUUAACAACAAUAUCUUAUGAUGGAUGAAAGUUAUUUGCAACUAUUUGUUGACGAGUCCUCGAUGGUGAACCGGAUGGUGCUCGGGGCACUGCUCCCAGCCAAGAUAUGGGAGCCCUUACCACAUUUUGUUCAGACUUGGCUUCGGAAUUACACUGCGGGAACCUUGGUUUAUUUCAUCACAAGCUUUCUUUGGAGCUUCUAUUUUUAUGUCUUCAAAUAUAAUGUCUAUGUCCCUAAAGAUGCUAUCCCUUCAAGAAAAGCAAUGCUACUGCAGAUUUAUGUUGCAAUGAAGGCUAUGCCAUUUUAUGUUGCUCUGCCUACGUUCUCGGAGUACAUGAUUGAAAAUGGAUGGACCAGAUGCUUUUCGCAAAUAAGUGACGUUGGCUGGCUCUCGUACGCCGUAAACUUGGGUGUCUAUCUUAUAGUUGUUGAAUUCGGGAUUUACUGGAUGCACCGAGAGUUACAUGACAUUAAACCUUUGUACAAAUACCUUCAUGCAACUCAUCAUAUCUACAAUAAGCAGAACACUCUUUCACCUUUUGCUGGAUUGGCAUUUCAUCCUUUAGACGGGAUAUUACAAGCGUUACCACAUGUGAUUGCACUAUUCCUAGUACCGAUGCAUUUCACUUCACACAUAGCGUUGUUGUUUAUCGAAGCAAUAUGGACUGCAAACAUUCACGAUUGUGUAGAUGGCAAGGUUUGGCCAGUGAUGGGUGCAGCAUACCACACGAUCCAUCAUACCACUUACCGUCAUAACUAUGGACAUUAUACCGUCUGGAUGGAUUGGGCGUUUGGUACCCUUCGUGAUCCGGCUGAAAAUGAGGCCAAAAAGAUAAUGUGAUUAUUCUUGUUUAUAGCAAGGCCUUGUUAAAAAAAUGUAUGAUGGUAUCUAUGUAAAUGGCUGGGCUAUGGUUAAUUUAGGUUCAAUUCAUUUAAUUUUUAUAAUUAUCAUUAAUGUUAAUUAUUUCAGUGGUGAUUGGGGGAUUUUCUUACUAAUAGUUGAGGUCUGGUCAAUAUAACUACAACUUCCUUAUGUUUGUAAUUGUGUGUAAAAUUCUUACCUGCAAUAAACUAUUGUAUAUAUCAGAUAUGCAUACACAAACGGGCUUUUGUACCGGGUUAAAACUCCAACCCGUUCCAUUUGUCCCUUUAUGAUUUUUUAUAUUUA